CGCCACCCUGCCCUGCGGAUCCGAUCCCAACAUGGCGGCGCCCAGCAAAAGGAGGAGCGGCGAAGGCGCGAGCUGGUGGGCUGCGUUGCUCCUGGCGGCUGUGGCGUUGAGGCCGGGGGAGGCGGUGUCCGAGCCCACGACGGUGGCGUUCGACGUGCGACCUGGCGGCGUCGUGCACUCUUUCUCCCAGAACGUGGGCCCGGGGGACAAAUAUACAUGCACGUUCACCUACGCUUCUCAAGGAGGGACCAACGAGAAGUGGCAGAUGAGUCUGGGGACCAGCAAAGACCACCAGCACUUUACCUGCACCAUCUGGAGGCCCCAGGGCAAGUCCUACCUGUACUUCACGCAGUUCAAGGCGGAGGUGCGGGGCGCGGAGAUCGAGUACGGCAUGGCCUACUCCAAAGCUGCGUUUGAAAGAGAAAGCGACGUCCCCCUGAAAAACGAGGAAUUUGAAGUGACCAAAACAGCAGUGUCCCACCGGCCCGGGGCGUUCAAGGCCGAGCUGUCCAAGCUGGUGAUUGUGGCCAAGGCAUCCCGCAGUGAGCUGUGACUGGGAGCCCCCGGCAAGGGUGGCUCUUCCCCAUCCCCACCGAGGGAGCUGGGCCCUGGGAGAGCUGGCGCGUCACUGGUCUUCUGGGGGGGGGGGGGGGACUGUCGGUCGACGUCCUCUGAGCAUGGAGCACGGGUCUGGGACCCACUGCCCGUCUCUCUUACCGAAAGAGGCACUGACUGAGGCACUCGGUGGGGGACUCCCAGGGGGACUCCCGGCCUUUCUGAAACCAGUGCGCGCCUCCCUGUGGAUCCGGCCAGGCCCCAGGUCACUCCCUGGAAGAGCGAUCCUGCCGCCCUGCCUCCAAGCCUGCCGCUUUCUCGCGGUUUCCCCGGGGGACCUUCUUCCAGACUGCCUGGGAGGAAAUGAAGUGUUCUUUCGUAUUUAAAUAAAUAAGACGAUUGAAGAGCUA